UUGCGUAUAAGCAACAGCAACAAAACAAACUUGAAGUACAACAACGUCGUCGCGACGACGAUAACCAAAAAAUUGCCAAUACAUACAACAGGCUGGCAGGAAAUGUUUAAGGGUAUUAAACGCAUGGUGUGCUGGUGAAUCAUUUGCUGAAUAAAAUCAACUCAAGGCAAGAUAAAAGUUUGCAUCACUCCAUCAAUUAAAACAGACUGAUUUGACAAGAUGAAUCAACUGCAACCGCAGCUGCCGAAAGGUUUUACAUUGCUCGAGAAUCAAGUGGCCGGUCACACUUUCUCGCCCGACACUCAAGCCUUGGGUAUGCUGAAAGAUGCCUCAGUUGGCUGUGUCUUAAAGCCGAUGGGUAAACCGCAGUGCGGUGAGAGGGAAUUAAGUUUCUACGAAAGUAUCACAAAUGCCAGUGACCCCGUAUUGGUGAAAGCUCGUGAUUUGGUGCCAAAGUUUUAUAACAAACUAAAACUGCAGGUAAAUUGCAAAGAGCAUACAUUUUUAAAAUUGGAAGAUCUCUCGCAUGGCAUGCUUAAACCCUGCAUAAUGGAUAUUAAGAUAGGCAAACGCACUUGGGAUCCAUUGGCCUCUCCUCAAAAGCGUCAAGUGGAAGAGCAAAAAUAUUUGCAUAGCAAACAAGUCUUGGGUUUAUGUUUGCCCGGAUUCCAGGUAUACAAAAACGGGGUCUUAAAAAAAUAUGGUAAAGACUAUGGCAAGCAGCUGGACACCACUGGUCUAAGAGACACAAUACGCAAUUUCUUAAAUGCCGAACACAAAGUGUGUCAACCUUUGGUACAAGAGGUAUUACGGCAACUUUACCUUAUACAUGAAUGGUUUAAACAACAGACUGUCCUGCACUUUUAUGCCAGUUCCUUAUUGAUUGUUUACGACUGUGAGGCCUUAGAUUUAGUACAAUAUGCACAACAAAAUGGCUCUUUGCUAACAAAUGGCGAUAUUGACGCACAACUAAAAAGUUCCCAUCACAUAAACUCCAACCCACCAACAGACGAGAAAUGCCUUCAACAACAUUUUACACAUAGUAAUCAAACGACAAUUUUGCAAAAUUUCGUUAAAGUGCGUAUGAUUGAUUUUGCCCAUGUCUUUCCAGCAGAAGAUGGCCAACUGGAUAGUAAUUACUUAUUUGGUUUGGAAAAUCUUAUAAAGAUUAUUGAAGAAUUUAAUAUUUAAAGUAGUUCGUAAUUAUAAAUGUUAUACUAAUGUGGGCUUUGUGGCCCUUAAGUUCCCACUUGUUAAACAAAUUAAGCAACAAACCAAUCAAUAUUGUUAGAAUUGAAUUCAUUUGAUUGUUGUCGCGUUGUACCAUUCCUUUUCAUCCAGCUCAUUACUUCAUUAUAAUUAUUAUCAUUAAUUAAUUAGUAUUGUAGUCUUACUUUUAUGUACAUGUAUGUAUGGUAUUUAUUAUGUAAUUAGUUUGUAAACAUUUUAUUAUUAAUUAAAUAAUAACAAAGCGAAAACGAUAAACGUUAAUGUAGAUUAAAAA